AUGCUGUAUAAUAGAGAUUAUUAUCUAUCUAUUCCGUAUCUAUUACUCACUAGUUUCAUAUUCUUAUUUGCACAAUAUCAAAAAUGUUAUUCACUUGCUACAGCAGAUUCAACUCCAUCAUCGUCGUCUUCGUUCUUGCACGAAGGUCUAGCAAAUAUUACUCCUGAGACGUCCGAUGAACAACGUCUUUUUUAUAAAAUAAUGACAGGCUAUGAAAAAGCGGUAAGACCAUUGAAGAAAUCAUCUCAAGCUGUUGUUGUUAAACUUGGUAUAACGCUGACACAAAUUUUAGAUAUUGAUGAACGAAAUCAAAUAAUGACAACCAAUAUUUGGCUCGAUCAGGAAUGGAACGAUGCAUAUUUAAGAUGGAGUCCAGCAGAAUUCGGUGGUUUAAAAAGAAUACGUAUACCUUGCCGUCUACUAUGGUUACCUGAUAUUGUAUUAUACAAUUCAGCAGAUGAUUAUACACAAGGAUAUAUGCAAUCAUUAGCAAUGAUUGAUUAUAAUGGUACUGUCUUUUGGCCACCUAUUGUUAAAUUUCGAUCGACUUGUAAAAUAGAUAUCACUUGGUUUCCGUUUGAUGAUCAACUAUGUUUCUUAAAAUUUGGCUCUUGGACAUACGAUUCUACUCAAGUCAUAUUAACAAAUCGAUCAGGAAAUGUUGAUACGAAUAAUUAUGUUGAUAAUGGUGAAUGGAAAUUAUUAUCAUCUUGGUCGGUUCUUUCAACAUUAACCUAUCCAUGUUGUGAGGAAGCAUAUCAUGAUCUAAAAUUUUAUUUACAUAUACGUCGUCGUACUCUAUACUAUGUAUAUAAUGUUAUAAUUCCAUGUGUUAUGUUAUCGGGAUUAACAUGUUUAACCUUUUAUUUACCAGCCGAAUCCGGUGAAAAAGUUUCAUUGGGUUUAACUGUUCUUCUUUCGUUUUCCGUUUUUAUGUUAGUCAUUGCUGAAUCAAUGCCAGCUACAAGUGAAUUCAUUCCUUUAAUUGGCAUUUACUUUACAUUCGUCAUGAGUUUAACAAGUGUAUCAGUUCUAUUGGCUGUUGUUUUACUUAAUGUUCAUCUAUAUGGUUCCGCUUUGAAACCCGUACCACGUCGAUUACGUCAUAUACUUUUCUUUCGUGUAGCACCGUUUUUACGUGUAACAUUACAUCGUAUAACACCAAGAAAGAAUAAACGAAAUACUCCCUGUACACCAUCAUCGCGAAAUUCGACAACGAUUUAUAACGCUGUUUUUCUUAAUGACAACGAUUUGUCAACCAAUUCUCAACCAUCACCAUCACAUACGCUGCAUUCAACAACAAUGACUUCCGAUUCUAAUGUAAAAAAUGUACAUUCCAUGCCAUCUAUAUCGAAUUUACAAUCGAAACCACAAUCGUUACAAGAAUGUAAACGACUUCUUUAUGAACUCAAUCGCCUUAUUAUUCGUGCCGGUGAAACACGUGAGGAUGAUUCUAUUAUACGCGACUGGCAAAAUAUUGCCUUAGUUAUUGAUCGUUGCCUGUUUUAUGCAUAUCUUCUAUUAACAACAUCAGUAACAACAGGCGCAUUAAUUGUGGCACCAUUGAUGAAAACUAUUCCAAUACCGCCAUCCUACUUUCGAUUGAAUAUGACCGGAGCAUAA